AUGGCGAUCCAAAUACCGACUCGGCUGCUAUUCAUCGAUGGCGAGUGGAGAGAACCAGUCCUCAAGAAACGCAUACCCAUCAUCAACCCUGCUAGUGAAGAAAUCAUUGGGAGUGUUCCUGCAGCUACUGCUGAAGAUGUGGAGCUUGCGGUGGAGGCUGCUCGUAGAGCCCUUGCCAGGAACAAGGGAAGAGAUUGGGCCUCGGCAUCCGGAGCAGUUCGUGCCAAGUAUUUGCGAGCUAUUGCUGCUAAGAUAACUGAGAGAAAAUCUGAGCUAGCAAAACUCGAAGCAAUUGAUUGUGGAAAACCACUGGAUGAAGCAGCAUGGGACGUGGAUGAUGUUGCUGGGUGCUUUGAGUACUAUGCAGACCUCGCUGAAGGUUUAGAUGCACAGCAAAAGGCCUCUAUUUCUCUUCCUAUGGAGCAAUUUAAAAGUCAUGUUCUUAAGGAGCCCAUCGGGGUUGUUGGGUUAAUUACACCAUGGAACUACCCUCUGUUAAUGGCUACAUGGAAAGUAGCUCCUGCCUUAGCUGCUGGGUGUGCUGCAAUAUUGAAGCCGUCUGAGUUGGCCUCUGUAACUUGUUUGGAGCUAGCUGCUGUGUGUAUAGAGGUUGGUCUUCCUCCCGGUGUCCUCAAUAUUCUGACUGGACUGGGCCAUGAAGCUGGCGCUCCUUUGGCAUCUCAUCCCCAUGUUGACAAGAUUGCAUUUACUGGAAGUACUAUUACUGGGAGCAAGAUUAUGACCGCUGCAGCUCAACUGGUGAAGCCUGUUUCACUGGAGCUUGGUGGGAAAAGCCCGAUUGUUGUUUUUGACGAUGUUGAUAUUGACAAGGCUGCUGAAUGGACUGCCUUUGGUGUCUUUUGGACAAAUGGUCAGAUCUGCAGUGCAACAUCUCGUCUUAUAAUACAUGAAAACAUUGCAGCAGAGUUUUUGGACAGGCUUGUGAAAUGGAUCAAAAACAUCAAGAUUUCAGAUCCUCUUGAAGAAGGUUGUAGGCUUGGGCCUUAUGAGAAAAUACUUAAGUUCAUAUCAACAGCCAAGAGUGAAGGUGCAACAGUUUUGAGUGGUGGGGCUCGUCCUGAGCAUCUAAAGAAAGGAUUCUUCAUCGAACCAACAAUCAUAACUGAUGUAACAACCUCCAUGCAAAUUUGGAGAGAAGAAGUUUUCGGACCUGUUCUUUGUGUCAAAACAUUUAGUUCAGAAGAUGAAGCUCUUGAACUAGCAAAUGACACACAGUAUGGCUUAGGUGCUGCUGUCAUAUCAAAAGAUUUAGAAAGGUGUGAGCGCGUUUCUAAGGCCCUUCAGGCGGGAAUUGUAUGGAUCAAUUGCUCUCAACCAUGCUUCUGUCAGGCUCCAUGGGGAGGCAAUAAACGAAGUGGUUUUGGGCGUGAAUUAGGAAAAUGGGGACUUGAUAAUUACUUGAGCGUGAAACAGAGAGGAGUUUCUGUGCAUCCCAAAGUAAGUCGAGCACGUAAAUUUUUCUUCGUCUUCUCUUUUUCAAGACGAGGACCAGUUGGGUGGGACCAGGCUGGUUGUCGUCGUGACUGGCGGCCAAGGACGAUUGGAGCGGCUGUGGCCGCUGGCGGCUGUGGCCGCUGGCGGCUGCUGAGCGACGAUCAGGAGGAAGUUGGUGGACUGCCCCCUGCUAAGGAUGUCAAUAGAUGGAAGCAAGAUGGUCCGAGCCUUGAUGAUUUGCCUGCUGGACAUGAGGAGUGUUUUGCUAAACUUCCCUAA